AUGUCGGCGGCGGCGGAGGACGCCGUGGCGCAGCUGCUGUGCGUGCACCUGGGGCUGCUGGACGAGGGCGAGCUGGCGGCCGACGCCGGGCGCGACUUCCGCGACCUGUACCGCCUGCCGCUGCGCUCGUUCGCGGACAAGUGCGCGCUGCUGGCGGCCGCGGAGGCCUCGGGCUGCGCGGCUGUGAUGCUGGACGUGCUGCUCUUCGUGUCCGAGACGAUGGCGCCCGCGCUGUUCCGCAAGCAGCUGGCGGCGCUGCCCCUGGCGCUGAGCCAAUGGGUGCACUACCUGGUGGAGCAGUGCAUGGUGGCCAAUGAGACGGUGUCGCUCGGCGCGCUCAAGAACCUGCUGGACCUGUACGCCGCCACGCAGCGGUACCGCGAGCUGGCGGCCAUGCUGCUGUCCCUGGUCUUCUACGACCGCGAGCUGGAGCGCUCGCUCAGGACGACGGACGACGUGCUGGACAUCGCCAAGUUCUACCGCCACCGGCUGCCCGUGUGGAUCCUCGACCUGCUGCACGAGUAUGUGACGCUGUCCAAGCUGCAGAUCCAGACGGAGAAGGAGGACGCCAGCACGGCCCCCGAGGUCUGCCGGAUGGAGGCGUACCUGGACAAGCGGGCCAGGGGCGUGGGCAACCUGCAGGCCAACUGGAGGAUGCGGUACAUGCAGCUCACCGAGAAGGAGAUCGUGUACUUCAAGCACGACGGCGACAAGCUCGAGAAGUCCAGGAACCCGUUCCACGACAAGAUGGGCAAAGGCAACAAGAAGGGCAGCUUGGCGCUCGCCAGAGGCAUGCAGAUCGAGCCGCUGGACUACCGCGGCAAGUUUUCGUUGCGGCCGUACUGUGUCAAGAUUUGCGACGCGGCGGGAUCGGAGGAGUUGAUCCUGGACGCAUUCACGCCCGAGGUCCAGCGCCAGUGGGUCGCUGCUAUCACGGCCAAUGUGAAGCGCCUGGAGCUGGAUCCGCGCUGGUUGGCGUUCCCGCGCAGAUGUGUACAUCGCAUGACUGUGGGCGAGUUCCUCCGCUACUCGAUGCUUUACCACGGAGACACCAAAAAGUCGCACACGCGGCACAGCUCGUGCCAGCCAGGCCCGCUCCGCGAGCAGUUCAACAUUGACCCGAAGCGUUACCUCUUCUCGGCUCUUGUGACCUGUGCGCUGGUGCGCGAUUGGAAGACCAUGGAAGCGCUGGUGCAGCCGAAGAGCGCUAAGUCAACGAUCAUUUCGCUGUUCCCCGGCGGUAACAGCAGCAGGCUCGCUACAGCGUCAGCACCCGCGUCCUCAUCAGCGUGGAGUUCGACGCCAGCCCCCGCGCCAUCUCGUUACUCUGUUUGGUCGAACAGCACGGAUCCAGCACCUUCCUCCAGCCGGUCAUCUACCUCGUCAAACGCCACGCCUCCAACAUCAGCUCCUGCGGGCAACACGGUGGUGCAGGGUAUGGUCGACGCAAGCGCUAUCGGCUACGGUGCCAUCCUCGAUAUCGCCGAGCAGAGAAAUGCUCCGCCCAACUUGUUGAUGCUACUGGAGUCGCUGCAUGAGAAGAACGAUUCGAAGCGAGGGGGCUCUGCGGGUUGGAGCUGUCGUCGCGAUGUGGACGCCAGCGACGCAGCGUCAAUGAAAAUCACGAUUGCGAUCCCUGAAAGCGUACGCGUGGAUACGACCUGGGGGUGA